CGACGAACUUCCGGUGUGCUGUUUUAUUUCUCAAGUUAGCUUAGCGUACUGUUGUUCUUGCGGGCUAUCGUUUUGGCAUAUUAUCUUGUCUACCACGGCCUUUGUCGGUGAAAAGCAUUAAUACAAAGAUGUCAGAAGACUUGGUAAAACAAUUAAGCAACUACAAAGCCCAGCUACAGCAAGUGGAGGUUGCUUUGUCCACUGACCCAGACAAUGAAGACCUCCUUAAACUCCAGAAAGACUUGCAGGAAGUCAUAGACUUAACAAAAGACCUUCUAACAUCUCAACCCACUGAUAGUGCUUCCAGCACCCAAGGCUCACAGACAGUUCCACAGAAACAUGGUUGGAAAGUGGGUGACAGAUGCUUGGCUACAUGGAGUCAGGACGGACAGGUGUAUGAGGCCGAGAUCGAGGAGUUAGACCGGGAGAAUGGCACAGCAGCUGUUACCUUCUCUGGAUAUGGAAAUGCUGAAGUGAUUCCUCUCCAGAACCUCAAAGCAGUGGAGGAGGGGAAACAUUCGAAUGAGGAUGGAGGUGGAAAGCCUAAAUCAAGGAAAGAGCAGAUAGCAGAGCAGAGAGAGUAUAAGAAGAAGAAAGCACAGAAGAAGGUGCAGAGGAUGAAGGAGCUGGAGCAAGAGAGGGAAGAGCAGAAGUCCAAGUGGCAACAGUUCAACAACAAAGCCUACUCAAAGAACAAGAAAGGACAGGUAAAGAGGAGCAUAUUUGCAUCACCAGAAAGCGUAAAUGGAAAAGUGGGAGUGGGAACAUGCGGUAUCGCAGACAAACCAAUGACCCAGUACAAUGACACGUCAAAAUACAACGUCAGACAUCUAAUGCCACAAUGACCUGAUACAUUAUGUAUAAUAUAGUCCACUGUAUACUAGCAGUAUCAGUGCUUUACAUUGUGUUUAUACAUCAUUUAAGUUUCUCAAGUAAAGAAAACUUUGAAAGAAUUUGCUUGCACACCAUUGUUUGAUAUAUUGAUGUAGUUUACUUAUAUACUAUGUAGGUACAACAACAAAUAUCCAAAUGGAGGGGAUUUAACCCAACACUGGAGCACCUGUUGUAUAAGAACAGGAAGGAAUGUUGUUGGAAAGUUGUAGCUUUUACUGUUUGUGUCCAUGAUACAAUAAGGCCAAAUACCUGCAAAGAUCUGUAGACGUAUCCAUCUUUAGAUUUGGUGUGUUAGUUUCAGGCUGGACUUAUAACACACUCAUUGCUAGGUUAUCUGAAUAUUUAUAAAAGUGAUCUGAGAUGGCUAAUCUGUAUUUUUUAUUUCUGUAUAUAUAAUACAGUGAAAUAAAAAUGGUUUUGUUUUCA